AUUGCCCCGAUGCUGUUGGUGGAGAUACAGAAACACAACAAAACAAAAGCAAGUGAUCAAUUUUGAGAUUUAAGUAGCAUUGCAAAAUGGCUACAUUUAGCAAUUUGGGUUUUUUAAUGUUGAUUUUUCUAGGAAUAUUAAGUUCCAGCCAUGGCCAAUUACAGCUCAAUUUCUAUAGCAAGAGCUGCCCAAAAGCAGAGAAGCUCAUUCAAGACUAUGUUCAAAAACACAUUCCAAAUGCUCCAUCUCUUGCAGCUGCCUUACUCAGAAUGCAUUUCCAUGAUUGCUUUGUUAGGGGUUGUGAUGCUUCUGUGCUGUUGAAUUCCACUAAGAGUACAGGAAAUCAAACCGAAAGAGUAGCAAUCCCAAAUCAAACACUCAGAGGGUUCUCAUUUAUUGAUGGAGUGAAGAAAAUAGUUGAAGCAGAAUGUCCUGGAGUUGUCUCUUGUGCUGAUAUUGUUGCUUUGGUUGCUAGGGACUCUAUAGUUGUCACUGGAGGUCCAUUCUGGAAUGUGCCAACUGGUAGAAGAGAUGGAAGAAUAUCAAAUGCCUCAGAAGCUUUAGCAGACAUCCCAGCCCCAACUAGUAACUUCACUAGACUCCAGUCCUCUUUUGCCAAGAAGGGUCUUGAUCUAAAGGACUUGGUCCUAUUGUCUGGUGCUCACACCAUUGGAAUUUCACAUUGCCCAUCAUUUUCAACACGUCUAUACAAUUUCACUGGAACUUUUGGUACACAAGAUCCAUCUCUAGACAGCGAAUACGCUGCCAAUCUCAAGGCCAAAAAAUGCAAAUCUCUCAAUGAUAACACAACAAUAGUUGAGAUGGAUCCCGGUAGUUUCAGGACAUUUGAUCUCAGUUACUUCAAGUUGUUGCUCAAAAGGAGAGGCCUGUUCCAAUCAGAUGCAGCCUUAUUAGCAAGUUCUACGACAAAGUCAUUUAUCGAUCAGCUAGUAAAAGGUUCACUGAAAGUGUUUUAUGCUGAAUUUGCUAAGGCCAUGGAGAAAAUGGGCAAAGUUGAAGUUAAGACUGGUUCUAAUGGUGAAAUUAGAAAGCAAUGUGCAGUUGUGAAUUAAUAGUUAAAAGGACUCUUUCCUUUGGUACCAAUUAAGUUUCUAUGAUUUUGUGUUUUGUAUUAAUUAUGUCUAUUGUGUGAAUCAUUUGAGGUCCAUGUAUGUAUUAUAAAUGUUCAUUUGUACUAUUCCCUAUCAUUGUUGGGUUUUUUUGGAAUAAAAUUGAGGAGCUAA